GAUGCAAAAGACAGGUUCGAGGAAACCUAUUGAUAGAUGGGUCUUGUGGAAGCUAGCAAGAUUGAAAAAAGGUGAAUAUGAUGAAGUUACGAGGCCUGUAGUGGAAAAGAUUGAUGAGUUGACAAAGGCUGUUGAGGAAGGGAAGAUCACAUGUGUUGGCCAAAAGGAUAUCCUCACUUUAGCAUUGGGUACAUUAGAGCAUCCUGGACGGGUUAGAGGAAAAGGUGGAAAAAAAAAGCCCAAACAAUUCUUCAACACACCAAAACCCACAAAAACUCUUGAAGAGGAGGAAUGUCAAAGGAUGUUAAUGGAGAAAGUCAAGAGCUUGGAAGAGGAGAUCAUUGCUUUGAAAGCUGAAAAAAAAGAACCCCUCACACCCCGCUCUGAAGUGAGCAGCACAAACAUAAGGAAACAAUUGUUGCAACAUGAAGAAAUAGGAGGGAAGACUCAUGAUAGUGCUCAUGUGGAGAACCUAUCAGCACAAGGGACUCGAAAAGCUUCUCCACUAACUCAGGUUUAUAAAUGCAAAUUAGCUCUUGAAACUGAAGAUAACAUUGUUGCAUAUGGAACUUAUUUACGAGAUUCACAGAUUUCCAUUGAUGGUGCUGAUAUAUUAGUGGUCAUCCUUUACCCUCUUCAACCUAAUGCACUUCUUCCAUUCCCACUUUCUGAAAACAUUAGGACAAUAAGGGAGGGUGUUGGAUAUGAGGUUUUUUGA